GAGAGAGAGAGAGAGAGAGAGAGAGAGAGAGAGAGAGAGAGAGAGAGAGAAACAUGCAUCCGGGAAUGAGACCAGCCUUUCUCUCUCAUCUUCAACCCUACCCAUUACCCUACCAUGAUCACAAUGUCAAUGUGCAGCACCUCCAUGAUCAACUCCUCCAGGGGAUGAUGCAGUUCGGCCCCUUUGAUCCCCUGUACCAGCAGCAGCACUUUCCAGUCCAAGAGGAGCCACCCCAUCCACUCAUUUGCAUGACCAGCGAUGUCAAACCUAGGCUUCGGUGGACCCCAGAGCUUCACGGUCGCUUUGUCGACGCCGUCGAUCAUCUUGGUGGACCAUUUAAGGCUACACCAAAGGCUAUCAUGAAUGUGAUGAAGAUGAGAGGACUCACUCUUUACCAGUUGAAGAGUCACUUGCAGAAAUUCAGGCUUGGUAAGUGUGAAGGGAAGACCUGGAAGCCACCCAAAGAUGGCAUUCGAAAAAGAGCAAACUCAGCCACAACUCCUCCGGUAGGACUGGGAUCUUCAUCUGUGCCAUCUAAUAUAAACGAUUCUUUUCAGCCAUUGCAGGUUCCCCAACAUUCUUCCGUCGACAGCUUUGACAGCUACAUGGCUUCACUUGGAUAUUUACCUACUUUGUGCUCAGAUGGUUUCGCGGAACUCGGCAAAGGAGGGGGAGAGGGGCUGAGAGAUUCGGGAGAGGGGCUGAGAGAUUCGGACGAGGACCCUGCCUUGGCAUAUCUGAAUUUGGACGCAGGGGAGAUGAGUACUCAUAGAAAUGGAGUGGCUGGUGAUGAUUCCGGCUGGUUUGCUGGGGAGUUCUCCCUGAAAGGAUGAAAUCACUCUGCUUUUGCUUGCUUGAUCGUAGGGAUCCAUAUCUGGGACUUGAACUUGUUUACCCAUCUCACGAGAUACAAUGGACUCAAUUGCCGCCUGUAGAAUAAGCUCUGAACUUGCGUCUCAACCUAUAAACUUUUAACUGCUAUUUUCUUCUCUUUUGUGGUUUCAAUGUUUUUAAGGUCACAAGUCUACGCCAUUUAGAGGCAUCCAGCGACGUUAUUACUACGCGUUGACGUCUGGAAUUCAAUCUCAUGGAAAUGAACUCUAUAUAUUAGCCCCUGGGAAUUGAAGAGCACAACAAGAAAGGAGCAGAAAACACAAACCCCUUUCACUUCGCUAGUUAGUUCUCAGUCCAUCAUGCUCCUCAAUGCAGCCCUCAAAACUCUUUCAUCGAGACACGAAACACAAACUCAUAGUGGUCGACAUCCCCGUCUACGCCUGGAAGCUCUUCGUAUGAACAAGUACCUCUCACAAAAGGUGGGUACCAUAGUAAGGCUCCGCAUGGUACCAUAUUACUAGAAAUUAUUUCAAUGUUCUAACGCAUGGUUCUAAAACUAGGUGCAAUCAUGCAACAAUUCAGGCUAAUCCUUACCUGUUGCUCCGGGAAAACGAGAAUACAACCCGAAAGAGAGAAACCAGAAGGCCACAACUAAUUAACUAGUCUACGCCAGCAGUUUUUUGAGUGGAUUGGCAUUAGAAAGACACAAACAAAGGCUGCUCAGCUAGAAAAUAACAUGAAGAACCCAUCCACAAUUCAACCUACCUUCGUUGUAACGACAAAAUCAAACAGAAUACAAAGAAAAAAGUUCAAUCCAUUAUCAGUUACAACUAGUUCAAAGCCAAAAGUUUAAGACAGGAGGACAUAGUGACAAUAACAUAGACUGAAUCACAUCUUCGCUACUAUCUAAAUCACGUAACCUCGUGAAACACAGGAAAUUAUAACAAUCUCUUGAUGUGGCGCAACAUGAUCGUAUGGCAUAAGUAGAAAAAGCAAAAAAGUUGGAUUCAUCACUCUACCUUUAGCACCACGAGACUUCGGCAGGCUAAUGAAGAUUAGCGCAUGUAACUUCCUCAAUCAAUCUUGACUGAGGAGAACAGGUAGUGGACGAAGUAGAACGACGUGAGGAAGCCAAUGGUACCAGUAGACAACAUGAUUGCAAUCGCCAUUAUCAGUGAAUAGCCAAGGUAAAGUGUAGCCGACACGGGCCCGCUCAAACUCUGAAGGUCGAAAACCAGGUAAUUGAUGGAGUAUAGGAAAACAUAAAGCGCAACAGAACCGGAGGCAUAGAACGCUUUCCACCACCACUGCCAAUCCUCAACACAGAGAUGCAUGUAGGUCAGGACCACAGACACCUCAGCACACACAACAACCAACAAUAAAAGGACAACAAGGAGGAAUCCAAACACGUAAUAGAAUCUCCCAAGCCAGAUGCUAGAAAGGAUGAAGAAGAGCUCAAUGAAGAGGGUUCCGAAAGGAAGAGUCCCAGC